GGUCAACUCGAUGAAUAUUCAUUCAGAUUCUGCAUUCAAUAAAAUCGUUGAAAAUGGCGAGGGAGUGUUUGACGGUCGGCCAUAAAGUAUCGUUUAAAAUGAACGUAAUUCUCGCUUUAACCCUUGUUUUUCUGUCAGUGACAUGUGUAUCAGGUUUAUAUCGUGAGGGAUUAUUACGGACAACAGAGGAUUGGCAUUUUUUAGCAAGGUUCUGUUUUGUGUCAGAAUUUGGUCGCUUGAGGUAUGAAGUGGAAUACCCAAAGUCCUUCGAAGUAGAAAAUAUUUUACUAUACUAUGAUGAACCAGGCCAGUGGCCUGCGGUUUAUCCUCCAGAUGAUUCAGAAAAAAAGACUUGUCUAGAGAAGGAAUCUGUUAUGAGACCUGAAAACAACCAAAUCAUAAACCUCACUGAUUCAUACGUGUGGUCAGGGUGCGUGUCGACACGGAUCGAAGAAGAGAACUCUCCCAUCAGCGUAUAUGGAGAUGACUUCAAAUUUUCGUGUAAAGGAGGAAGAAGCUUUCGUUCUGUGCGUGAACGAUGGUGGUACUUGGCUUUAAGUAACUGUGGAUCUAGCAACGGGCUGUAUAUGAAGUAUAAAUUAACAUUGACCAAUGGAGACAGUUGGUGGAAGAAACACUUUUCUGCAGAUCAGUUUGGUAUAUUACAGACGGAUAUUUUGUUUCUUUGUCUGUUUACAGUCAGUUUCUUUGGAUCUUUAUAUGUAGCUGAUCGAUUAAAAGAUAAGCAGCUAUUUCAUACAACAUAUAAAAUGUUUAUUGCAGUUCAGUUCUGUUAUGUUUUUUCGCUACUGUUCUAUGUCAUAUUCUAUAUUGAAUUUGCGAAUGAUGGUACAGAGGCCACAAACUUAAAAUGGGCUGCUAGGAUACUCCAGUCAAUUGGUGAUGGAGUGUUUCUCCUUAUGCUCAUAUUAAUGGGAAAAGGAUAUACUAUAACAAGAGGGCGCAUUAGCCAUUCUGGGACAGUGAAAAUAGCUGUUUUAAUGUGUGUCUAUAUAGUCUUAUAUGCUGGUUUGUUUUUCUAUGAGUCUUCGCAAUUUGAUCCAGGUGAAGUGCUGUACCUGUACGAGAGUCCAGCUGGGUUCGCUCUUAUUGGUCUUCGUGGUUUCUGUUGGUUUUGGUUUAUCUACGCAAUAUUCUUCACACUGAAACAUUAUCCAGAAAAAGGAUCCUUUUAUUACCCUUUCUUCUUUAUGUAUUCUGUAUGGUUUAUUGCAUUACCCAUCAUGAUCUUAGUUGCUACCUUUGGAAUGCCAAAAUGGUGGCGUGAGAAAAUUAUGAAUAUCAUCGAGCUCUGUAUUGCUUAUCUUGGGCAAGUUAUAUUUCUGAUUUUAACACGACCAUCCGCCGCAAAUAGUAACUUCCCGUAUCAUGUACGAACAUCUCAGAUCGGGGUUCUCACAACACCAUCAGAUGGAAAUUCAAAUAAUGUUGAUAACUUUAUGCACCAUAGUUAUGGGGCGAACCCUCUCGGCCAUGAUCAGUACCGCCCAAAUUUUACAGAAAUGUUCACCGUGGAAAGUUCAAAUCCAUAUUCAUCUACGACAUAUAGUAAUG